AUGUCUGAGUGUUGUUUUGGAUCUAUCUAUCUAUCUAUCUAUCUAUCUAUCUAUCUAUCUAUCUAUCUAUCUAUCUUUCGCUUUCCCUUCUCUGUCUUUAUCUGUCUCUCUGUUUGUUUUCUUUCUCUCUUUCUUUCGUUCUUUCUUUCUUUCUUUCUCUCUCUCUCUCAGUCUGCUCACAUCUAUCUAUCUAUCUAUCUAUCUAUCAUUUUGGUUCUCUCUUUCUCUCUCUCGUUUUUUCUAUCUAUCUAUCUAUCUAUCUAUCUAUCUAUCUAUCUAUCUAUCUAUCUUAUUGUUUCUAUCUCAUUAGUUCCCCACUGUCUCUAUCUCAAUAUAUUUGUAUCUAUCUAUCUAUCUAUCUAUCUAUCUAUCUAUCUAUCUAUCUAUCUAUCAUUUUAUUUCUCUCUCGUUUUUUCUAUCUAUCUAUCUAUCUAUCUAUCUAUCUAUCUAUCUAUCUAUCUUAUUUCUUUCUCUCUCUGUUAUCGGAUAGCUUUUUAUCUGUCUGUCUGUAUGUCUAUCUGUCUAUCUGUCUGUCUGUCUCUUAUUUUUCAUUUAGCGUUUUUUUUUUUAGUCUUUCUCUCUCUGUUAUCGGAUAGCUUUUUAUCUGUCUGUCUGUAUGUCUAUCUGUCUAUCUGUCUGUCUGUCUCUUAUUUUUCAUUUAGCGUUUUUUUUUUUAGUCUUUCUCUCUCUGUUAUCGGAUAG